AUGGUCUGGCUUCUUUUUUUCAAAUCGCUAAUAGUAUUUUUGUCACAGCUUUUUCUGAUUGUAUCAGCUCAGAAUGGAAGGUGUCCACCAUAUUCGGACUGUGGAUUUCUUGGGCGCAUUCGGUUUCCUUUCACAACCACCGAGCAACAAAACUGCGGCUUAUUGGCUAUACAUGGCUGUCAACAACUUCCUCCUUCCGCUCCCAAAACUAUCAAACUAGGCACCUCCACAUCAACCUCGUACUCUGUUCUAAGGGUAGAACCUCGUACAAUAUAUAUCUCAGAAGAUGAACAAGAACGUAAUUUGCGAAACAGAAGUUGCAAAGCGUUCAGCAAGAAUGUUAAUCUUCCUCACACCUCUCCUUUAGCUUCUUUCGUCAACAAAUACAAUAUCACCAUCUUCAGAUGCAAUAAGUCCCUGAAACCCUCCCUUUCCAAGGAUUUUCAUAAAUAUUCAAACUGUUCUGAGUUCGACAUCUUCUAUGGCCAUCCAAAUAUACUAACUCCUCCGGGUUUCCAGUGGCCCCGCUCUUUAGCAUCAUGCUCAACCGUUCAGCUUCCUGUAGAAGGAAGUAUUACCGACGACCCCUUUCAAUUUGUAAUCAGUACUACUGCUAUUGAAGUUCAGUUAUCGAAAGAAUGUGAAAGGUGUCUUGGUUAUCGAAAAGGACGAUGUUUACUUGACAUUAAAGGAAAAUUCUAUUGCGCCACAGAGCAGCGGAAUUUGGCAUGGAAGUUAGGAGUAGGUAUUGGAAUGUCGGCUACUGUUAUCAUUGUACUACUAAUACUAUGGAACCGCAAACCCAAAUGUUUGUUUGGUUUCUUUUCAAAUCGAAACCCAGUAAGUGCGAGUAUCUACUUUGGGGUCCCUGUCUUCACUUAUAAGGAUCUUGUAAUAGCAACAAAAAGUUUUGAUCGUUCAAGAGAACUGGGAGAAGGAGGCUUUGGGAUCGUUUACUAUGGAAAACUCCAGGAUGGACGUGAAGUUGCUGUGAAGCGGCUAUAUGAGCACAACUAUAGGAGAGUAGAACAGUUCAUGAAUGAAAUCAAGAUCCUCACACGCUUGCGCAACAAAAACUUAGUGUCUCUCUAUGGCUGCACUUCAUAUGACAGCCGUGAACUACUGCUUGUUUAUGAAUACAUUUCAAAUGGAACUGUGGCCAGUCACCUCCAUCGUCGUGAAUCAACGACUCAUGCCUCUUUGCCGUGGCUUAUCCGAAUGAAAGUGGCCAUUGAGACUGCUACUGCAUUGGCCUAUCUCCAUGCCUCUGACAUCAUUCACCGCGAUGUCAAAACUAGCAACAUUCUGCUUGACGACACUUUCUGUGUUAAAGUUGCAGAUUUUGGAUUGUCGAGACUGUUCCCUGUUGAUGUCACCCAUGUUUCCACUGCUCCACAAGGCACCCCUGGCUAUGUUGAUCCUGAAUAUCACCGCUGCUACCAACUUACCAACAAGAGUGAUGUGUAUAGUUUUGGGGUUGUGCUUAUUGAGCUGAUAUCAUCUAUGCCAGCAAUUGAUCUGAACCGACAUAAGGAUGAAAUAAACUUGGCAGAUCUAGCAGUAAGGAAUAUUCAUAAAAAUGCAAUUGCUGAGCUGGUGGAUCCUUCCCUUGGUUUUGAGUCAAAUGAUGAUGUUAAAAGACAAAUCAUUGCAGUAGCAGAAUUGGCUUUUCAAUGCUUGCAACAGGACAAAGACUUGAGACCAUCCAUGGAUGAAGUGUUGGAGGUGCUGAAAAGAAUAGAAAGUGAAAAGGAUGAAGCAGGGCAUGAUCAGGAUGAAGAGCCAUCAUCACCAUCUUCAGUAGAUCACGAUGAAGUGAAAUUGUUGAUGAAUAUGAAGUUGCCACCUUCGCCAAGGGCCGUGACAGAUAAAUGGAACUGUCGCUCUACCAGUCCUAAUGUUAGUGGUCAAUAAAUCUUGCACUUUGUAACUUUCUUCCUUUCUCACUAAAUAUAGAACUUUUAUAACUAACUAUAUAUCAUCAGUUAAAUUUUUUAAUUAAC